UUGGACAGCGGUGUGACGAUCUAGCAAAAUGGCUGCGCUCAUGAAAAGUAGCCGUGCACUUAGAAACAUUGUUAAAUAUUAUUCAGCGACUUCUGCAAAGUUAUAUUCGUCCGAAAGUGACGGUACAGUCUCAAAUGUAGGUUUUGAAAAUACGGAUUACCAAAAUGUCAGAAGAUCAGAUGCUGCAGGAAUCAGUUUGACUUCGAAUGAACCUACCACUGGGCAGAAAUUCGCAUCUCUGUUAAGAAAGUCGAAAUUUGUUCAGAUCGGUGAUAUGAGAAAGACUGUUGUCGUUGGAGAAAUAUUUGAAGUAGUUGAAGAUGAUAUGUACAUUGACUUUGGAUGCAAAUUUUACUGUGUUUGCAGAAAACCGAGAAGAUUACUUCAACAGGAUCCAAGGAAAUUUCAAAGAGGUUCAAAAGUAAGGAUUCUGCUCCAGGACUAUGAGAUGACAGCAUCAUUUAGUGGCACCAGCAAAGAUGUUACUUUACUGGAGUCAGACGCCACACUGCUGGGAUCAAUGGCUCCUGAGAAUCGCAUGGAGGAUAAAGUUGACAUAUUUAGGCAUAGGACAGAGUCUAAGGAAAGGACCAAUUGGGAGGAGAAAGAGCCGUCAUUUGAUAUACGGACUUACAUAUCGGAAAUCAAUCAAUCAUAGACCUUCACCUUUAUGCAGAUUUGAUUAUAUAAUCAACAGAGACCCAAAAUACGACAUAUAAGACCGUUAAGAAAUUUAUUAUGUAACAAGAUUUGGGUUGCCUUGCCUUGGUUUCUUCAUCAGGCCAUCCUUUUAAAAUUGUUUUCAGCAGUUUUUCUGCUUACAUAUUUUCCAGUGGUUAGGAUUUUAGGUAGGAAAUUUUCUAUUUCAGUUUAGAAGUCUCAUAUUUCUAUAUUGAAACCCCAAGUGUCGGUCAUUUUUUUAUCAAGUUCUGUAUUUUACCAGAACUCCCCCCCCCCCCUCCCCCCAAAAAAAUCACCAAUACAAAAAAACAAAAACAGGAAAAAGGUGCCUGCAAACAACUUUUUGAGGAUGGCCUCAAUAUACAUAUUGUACAGAUUUGUAAUAUUAUUAAAUUUCUUUGAGACAUCAAAA